AAUAUAUAAAUGUAACUAGAUUUACUAAAGGAAAUUCUGUCGUUCUAAAAUUAUUGUAAAUACUUGAGAAUAUUAAUUAUUAAUUAAAAGGGUGAUAACGUGGAGUAAAUAUUGUAUUUGUGCCAUAAUAGAAUUGAAGGUUGACAUUUACACGAUGAACGAUUUAAGUAAUUUAAGCUGGAGCGAAGCACGCGAUUUAUUGCGUACGUGGAGGGAUGAUAAUGAUAGAAGAAGCGAGGAAGUACUACAACUGUGGAAAUCCGUAUUGGAAUAUAAUCUCAACAAGUUAGGAGGAGAAAAAUUUUCGGUACUGGAGCAAGUUUGCUUGGCGGCACUUGAUUGUUAUCAAAUACCAACAGUUGAUUACUGCAUCAAGCAGUUAUCGAACGAAUUUCCUAGUAGUUUACGGGUGAAAAAGUAUUAUGCCAUGAGAUUAGAGGCGCAGGAGUGUUACGAUGAUGCCUUGACAGUAUUAGAUUCGUUGAUAAAAAAAGAUGAGACGAAUAAUGCGCCUAGGAAAAGAAAAAUUUCAAUUUUGAGAGCGCAAGGCAAAAAUGUAGAGGCAAUUAAGGAACUUACGGAGUAUUUAAAAAUUUUUAUGUCAGACAUCGAAGGUUGGCAAGAGUUAAGCGACUUAUACAUAGCAGAGCAAGACUAUAACAAAGCCGCUUUUUGUGUCGAAGAGCUCAUACUUCACAACCCCCACAAUCACCUACUACAUCAACGCUAUGCUGAUAUCCGUUACACCCAAGGCGGAUAUGAUAACGUUGAAUUGGCACGAGGAUAUUAUUGUCAAGCCUUGAAGUUGAACCAAAACAAUCUUAGAGCGCUCUACGGCGUUUACUUAACUUCUAGCAGCAUUGCGGCUUCUCCAAAAUGUACAGCGCAAAAGAAAAAAGAGAUGCUUAAAUUGGUUGAUUGGGCAUUACUAGAAAUAAAAAAGAGAUAUUCAGUUGUUAAGGACACUUUUACAGAUAAUAACAUUGAAGAACGUCUAUCAGUACUACAAAUUAGUUAAUUAUUUGUAUUUAGUGUUAAUAAAUAUUUAUAUAUUAGUUUAAAUUUGGUUGAAUGAAGGAUAUAUAGAUUACAAAUAAAGGCAUGUGAUUGUUAAAAGCACUAUAGUGACUGUCUAAUGUUUUAUAUUCCACUGUAUUGUUUGUAGAGUUGUUUAAAUGUUUUUUUUUAAAUAUACUGGGUAGAUCCUAAAACCCUUUCAUUAUGUCUCUAAUCCCAAUUAACUGAUAUCGAAAUUGGUGCACUACUCCACUAAUUUGAAUUUCUAAAAAAAUUGUUAUCCCAUUCCUUUGUAUAAUUAGGUUUAAUUAUUAAAUAGUUUUUCUAAGACUGUCA